GCAAAUGCUGAACUUGGUGCAGUUUGGUCAGUAGGACAAAGAAUCUGGCAGAGAGACUUCCCAGGAAUCUAUACAACCAUCAGUGCACAUCAGUGGUCUGAGACUAUUCAACCAAUUAUGGAAGCACUUAGAGAUGCCACUAGGAGACGAGCCUUUGGACUGGUUUCUCAGGCAUAUACCUCAAUAGUUGCAGAUGAUUUUGCAGCUUUUGUUGGGCUUCCUGUAGAAGAGGCUGUGAAAGGUGUAUUAGACCAGGGCUGGCAAGCAGACUUUUCAACUCGUAUGGUAAUGCCUAAAAAACCAGGUGUGCUGGAAGCUUCCUUUAACAGAUUUAUUCCUUCAUCAGAACCUGCUCCGGUUCCACCAAUUCCAAAUGAACAGCAGUUGGCCAGAUUGACUGACUAUGUGGCUUUCCUUGAAAAUUGAUUACCCUGCUCCUGUUCUCAGAACAACUUGGGAGUCCUGUGUACUGACAGUUAUAGAAAUAUCUAAGAUUUAUUUUUUUGUAUCUGUUAAAUGUUGCAGUGUCCCCUACUCAAAUGUGUGAAGCAUGUGGUGUAUGUUAGCCCAAGUCAUGUUUUGCCAAAGCCAAGCUAGCAAUUGAAACAAUCCUAUAACUCCAGUAAUGUUUAUUCAGUAGGUACACAGCAGUAUUACAUAGUAAGGGGUUUUUUUUAUUGACUCAUAGCAGAGAGAGGCAGAACUUUUUUCAAGUAUAUUAGGAAUGGAGAAGAAAA